CCAACGAUAACAGGUUUCUAGUCAAGUACCGAGUUAAAUUGAGUGAAGGUCUAGUCGAUUUGUGGACUUAAAUUUCUCUUUUGCUCUAAUAAUCUCUUUACCACUGACUGCGGUCGAUCGAUUUCCUUUAAAUACUGAAAUAAAGUCACGUUAAGAUAGGCCAUCGGUUUCUGCCCUCCUUUUUUGCUUCGCUACUCACGUUGAACGGACGUUCUCUCUCUACGCUCUUACGCACAAUUUCUCUGCUGGACGUUUGUAUAACAUUCACUGUUCAAAAGUCAAUUCGAAAUCUUCAAAAAUGGCAUUGGAACAACUGAAAACGAUGACAAUUGUUGUGGCUGAUACUGGAGACUUUGAGACCAUGAUCAAGUACAAGCCUACUGAUGCUACCACAAACCCAUCUUUGCUUUUGGCUGCUGCCACUUUGCCUCAAUAUCAACAUCUUGUUCAGAAAGCUGUUGAUUAUGGCAAACAGCAGGAAGGGGACAAUGCUGAGAAGUUAGCUGCUACAAUGGACAAGCUCUUUGUCUUGUUUGGAGUUGAAAUUCUGAAAAUUGUUCCUGGCCGCGUUUCUACUGAAGUGGACGCCAGACUUUCUUUCGAUAAAGAGGGAAGCGUGAAGAAGGCUCUCAAGCUUAUCGAGUUGUACGCUGAAGAAGGUAUCGAGAAAGAAAGGGUUCUCAUUAAAUUGGCCUCGACCUGGGAAGGAAUUCAAGCCGCAAAGGAACUAGAAGAGAAGCACGAUGUUCACUGCAACUUGACGUUGCUGUUUAGCUUCUGCCAGGCAGUUGCGUGCGCCGAUGCUGGUGUUACUCUGAUCUCUCCUUUCGUUGGUCGUAUUUUGGAUUGGUAUGUGAGCAACACUUCUACUAAAUCGUAUGCUCCUGAAGACGAUCCUGGAGUUAAAUCAGUCACUCAGAUCUACAACUAUUACAAGAAGUUCGGUUACAAGACCGUAGUCAUGGGGGCGUCUUUCCGAAACACCGGCGAGGUAACUGCUCUUGCUGGAUGCGAUCUAUUAACUAUUAGCCCAAAGUUGCUGGAAGAAUUGGAUGCUAGCAGCGCAAGCGUCACUCGUCAACUUGAUGCAGAGCAAGCCAAAACAUGCGAUCUUGAACGCAUUUCUUUGGACGAGAAAGCUUUCCGUUGGAUGCUGAAUGAAGAUCAGAUGGCUACCGAUAAGCUCAGUGACGGCAUCCGUAAGUUUGCGGUCGACGCCGUCAAGUUGGAAACCUUUAUCAACGAAAAACUCAACGCUUAAAAUUUCCAGAUCCUAUGAAGAUCGAUAACUCAACCUUGAUUGUUGGUUUUUAGAGCGUAAGAAAUGUCAUAGAUUAUUCUUUCAACUGGAAAUUGUAGUUAUAAGAAUUUUACUACUAAUUUAAAAUUAAUCAGCAUACUCUAAGUCUCUAUUUUCUAUUUGGUGAUCAGUUUCAACAUUCCGUGGUUCUGCUCUAUUGAAUUACAAAGAAAUUAAACGU